AUGCUCAAUACAAACCUUGUUGUGCCCGUGGUGCUGUGGGGACCCAACACACCAACACACUGUGUUUCGAGCGUGUUUUUGUCACGGGAUCAGAAAAUCCUCGCGACGGGCUGCUACGAUGGACAGAUUUGUUUAUGGCAAGUGGACCCCGAUACGCUGCAGAUGACACCGCGGUGUCUUCUGGUCGGUCACACCGCACCCGUGCUGUGCCUGACCCGGGCAUCGAUUAUACAGGAUAAUAACUUUCUCGUAAGCUCUUCGGAAAAUGGGGAAAUGUGCACAUGGGACUUGGUGGACGGUAAAUGUACGGAGAGUAUCAAAAUGCCGCAAGUCCACACGAACAUCCAGGCCUACCACAUGGCAAAUUGCGACGAUAUUCGGCUCUUCUGUAAUGGUUACUAUGCGGAGAUCAUGGUAAUGGAUCCGUUCAGCCUAGAGGUGCUGUUUUGUCUCAGUUCGAAAGUGAAUCCUGAUUGGAUAUCGGCGUUGCACGUGUUGCGACCUUCGAAGCGCAAGGACGACGUUGUCCUGGCAAUCACAACCACCGGCACGGUCAAGGUUUGGACUCUGCUCGGCAACGAGAAUAAGUAUUCGGAGCCAAUUUACGAGAACGAAUCGAAGCAGAUACGCUGCCUUAACGCAAUCACCAUGAACUGUUGCUCGCAAAACCAGCGAACGGUUCUGAUCGUUUGUGCAAAGUACUGGCAGAUAUACGAUGCAGGAGAUUUCACCGUGCUGUGCAGCGUCAUCUCACCGUCCGGUGAACGCUGGAUGGGAGGCGAUUUUCUCUCCAACGAUCGUGUCAUACUUUGGUCAGACGAAGGAAAGGGCUAUUUGUUUCGCCUGCCGGCGAACAGUAUUCCGGACAACAAGGAUUUUCACGGCCCCUCGGUAGGCAAGGACUCCCCGUUUCUGUACUGCAUCCUAUCGCAGAUGGGAGAAAAGCCGCUCUCCUGUCCACCAACUAUGAAACUGGUCACGUCGAACCGUGGAGGAAAAACCCAAAAGUACUUGCUGCGUGGCGACUCCGAGGGAUACGUCAACAUAUGGGACGUGCCAGAUAUUACGUUGGAGCAGAUUAAACAAAUUCAAAACCAAAAGCAACAUCCCGCAACUUUGGAGGCCACGAUUUGCACCUCUCUGCUCGAAGCGUGGAAUAAAAUGAAUCCGCUACCGGCUGGCAUUUUGGACCAACUGUACCGAAAUAGUGAACCGUUAGUGAAACUGACGGCCAGCAUUUACCUUCCCCAACAAAGUCGCUUAGUAGUAGGACGAGAAGAUGGAAGCAUCAUCAUUGUGCCGGCAACGCAAACUGUUAUGUUGCACUUGCUGCAUGGAAACCACCAGCAAUACAGUGAUUGGCCGCCGCACCAAAUCCUUAACGGUCACAGUGGAAGAGUCAAUUGUCUGCUCUGUCCAUCGCUGGCGAACUCUCGCUAUGAUAAAUCCCAUCUCGUAUCGGGUGGCGUUGAUUUCGCCGUGUGUCUUUGGGACCUCUACAGUGGAGCACUCAUUCACAGAUUUUGCGUGCACGCCGGAGAAAUAACCCAGUUGCUUGUUCCACCACCAACGUGCAGCCCGAGAAUUUUAAAAUGCAUCUGUUCGGUGGCAUCGGAUCACUCGGUUACCCUGCUCAGCUUACAAGAGCGUAAAUGCGUUACGCUAGCGAGCCGCCACCUGUUCCCUGUAGUGUCCAUUAAGUGGCGUCCGUUAGACGAUUUCCUGAUUGUUGGAUGCUCCGAUGGAACGGUUUACGUGUGGCAGAUGGAAACAGGGCAUCUGGACCGUGUGUUGCACGGCAUUCUUGCCGAGGAAGUGCUGAAUGCUUGUGAUGAAAACAGUGGCGACACCGGAAGCAGCGCUGGAUCCACUUCAGAAAUGGGGCUCGCUAAUCCGGCGGUUCACUUUUUCAGAGGGCUUAGACAUCGCAACAUAAAUGCAAUUCGGCAUGCCACGCAACGUGGCAUACAUCAGUUGCAGCAGCUUCACGCGCAUAACAAUCAGCACGGAGAUUUCCUGAUGAAGAAUCGCAGUAGCCCUCUUAUUAUUCAAGGAUUGCGUACCAAUCCGAAGGAUGCCGAAAGUCAUAUAUUGUUUUUCGAUAUCGAGGGUCUAAUAUUUGAGCUACAUGCAGAAGAAUAUGCUGCCAUGAGUCCUAAUACGCUAGAGGCCGAAGGGUUGUUAAUUCCAGCAGGAACUGAUAGCCAUUCGUCGGAUGCUGGGAAAAAAAUUUCAGAUUUCUUUGGGCGUGUUAAGAACAAGGCUGGCGACAUGGAAAAAAUACUAAAAGAAAAAGAUAAACACGGCAUUUUAGCUAAAAUGAAGGAAGGCGCGGAGAAUGUCCAAACAAAGGUUCAAGCAAAGCUCGAAAGUGUCGUGAAGAACGUUGGCGAAACAGGCAAAGAUACCGCAGACAUAACGAAGAAAAUAGUUCCCCGCAUGGAAGCUACCCACGUGAUGGAAGUCGCACAGUUGUUACUAUCCCUGAUACACUCCUGGGGACUCGAUCCGCACUUGGACAAAGUGUGCGAAACGCAGUUGGGCCUGUUGAGACCAAUGAUUCCUGUUUCGUUCGGAGUGCUUUCAAAGGGAGGCUACAUGUCACUUUUGCUACCGACCUGGCAGAAUAAUGUAGUAACCAGCUCAACGGCGGAAGAGCUGAAAAGUGCGUCAAUGACUGCCGAACAGUUCCGUCAGGAAGGUCUAACGAAGCUGUUCACUGCUCGGCUACACUGGGAGCUGAGCACAACGCUCACAUCGAACCAUCUCCUAGCAAUGGUCGCCAUGUCCAACACCUUGAUGUCGAUGAACAUGGCCACGUUCGUACCGGAACAGGAGCGCGCCCGCAAACUGCACCGCCAGUCAACGCGUGCAACGUGGACCAACGAGGAAGAGCAGGAAGAGGCGUUCACGCAGCAGCAGGCUCAAAUCAAACAGGGCUGGAGCUUGUUGUCGACGCACCACUGCUUCUUACUGCCGGAGAAAAUUGACGCACUCGAUACCAAUAACUUCAAACGGCCGCAGGUGGAGAUGAUGGCGCGUCGCUGGCAACACCAUUGCCUGGAGAUCAGAGAAGCGGCGCAACAGCUACUGCUCGGCGAGCUGGGUCGGAUGGGUAAGAAGGGUCGGAAACAGUUGGUGGAAAGUUGGGCCCAGUAUCUGCCGCUGUAUACGCACACCGAGCCGAUCGUACAGCAAGCUGCUGCGCCAGGCCAAUCAAACGCAGGCUCGCCCUCAUCCAGCCCUACCGGCCCUCCGAUGGAGCACGAAGAAGAAUCGGAAGAAGAGGAAGAGGUGGUCCGCAAACCAUCGAGCUUGGCGGAGCUGAAACGUAAGCAGACGACGGCCGUCGUUUUGCUCGGUGUGAUCGGUGCCGAGUUCGGGCAGGAUAUAUCGUCCUCGGACGGAAAGCGUAGCAACGACAAUCGUCGCAAAAGUUCCGUCGUCGAAGGUUUUGGCAUUGGCAACAAUAAUCUGGCCCGCUCCACGUCGAUGGCCCUUACGCAUCUUUUGCUAGCGCCAGCCACGCCGAAGCUGCCGGCGUACACCCCGUUGCGGCGGGCAGCUAUUGAUUUGAUUGGCCGCGGGUUUACCGUUUGGGAGCCGUACAUUGAUGUGAGCAAGGUGCUGCUUGGGUUGCUUGAGAUGUGCUGCGACUCAAACCGGCUGAUUCCGAGCCUGAACUACAAGCUGCCCCUGACGCCGCAGGCCGAUGCAUGCCGGACGGCGCGCCAUGCUCUGAGGCUGAUUGCGACGGCCAGACCGGCUGCCUUCAUCACGACAAUGGCCCGCGAAGUGGCACGCUAUAACACGCUGCAACAAAAUGCGCAAGCGAUAAGCGUCCCCAUCACGCAAUCGGUGCUCCAUCGGGCCAAGCGGGAGAUUCUGCAGUGCGUCGAAAUGCUUAUCGAUAAGAUGCAAACGGAGAUUGCAAAUCUGCUCGUUGAGGUGAUGGACAUUACAUUACACUGUGUGGAUUCGGGUGACCUUAAAACCAAGGGUCUUGCUGAGGUUAGUCCUCUAAUGUGCAAAUUCAAUCAGGUCUCACACUGCAGCGCAUCACGCCGUAUUGCCGUUGGCGCCAACAACGGCCAUUUGGCCAUCUACGAGCUCCGGCAGAAUAAGUGUCAGAUGAUUCCUGCGCAUACGAAACCGGUAACAGCGCUAGCGUUCAGCCCCGAUGGUAAAUUUCUGGUGAGCUACUCGUGUACGGAAAAUCGCCUAUCCUUUUGGCAAACCAGUGCCGGCAUGUUCGGUCUCGGUCAGUCACAGACGCGGUGCAUCAAGGGUUAUUCGACUGCCCCGAUACCGGACAUUGCGCGCCUCAAUCCGAUGCGCUUGGCUAAGCUGAUAUGGAUUAACAAUCGGACCGUUACGCUGAUGCUGGCUGAUGGUUCAGAGACCCGGUUCAACGUGUAAGUGCGUACCAACCAAGGAGGACUAAGAUUGCUGGCCUCUGAGCCUCCGACAGUCGGAUGAAGGACGUGACUUUGUUGCAGAUGAAUUGUUAUUUUUUUCUUUGUUGAGUUAUUGGUAUGUUUCUGUUACCUCUUUUAAUGGUUGUUUGAUUAGCGGAUAAAUUAGAAAAAAACUGAACGUUACAGUCUUAAAAUGUGCAGCAUCAUAGCUUUUAAUUUUUAUGCCCCAGAAGUAUGGAUGAGGUAAGCUUUCUCACAGUUUUGGUGAAGGGAACACUUUUAGGACUGGUCGCUAGCUACUGGACGAAAUUACACUAAGGGAUUUUGGAUGGCUGAUUCCGGAGAACAGGGCGGCCGAAAAUGUUUUCCUUUCCUGAUGGUUCCACGGAUAACAGCAUGUUACUGGCGAGAAGUGGCGAUCGAAGAGAACACAAAGUCGGUCGGUGAAAUGGUAGAGCCGUUCUCUUCCAAAAAAGGCACUACAUUUCCGUUGAUCAGAUUAUGCCCAUGGUGAGCUUAUAUAAUUAUGCAAAUUCGAUUGUGUUUCGCUUCCUUUUCGCACCGAACGGAACUCUGCGAUUAUCUCCUGCUGAGCGCGAAUGCGGAGCGCGCAUGGUCCAAUCGUUAUUUCAUCUUCUCUGGAUGACCCAUAUAUUUUUUAUUUAUUGGUUUUUGGAUUGUCUUCACCUUGCGCUCCGGUCGCGAUGUGAUGUUUCCUGGGUCCGCCGGGAAAGGGAAUGGGUCCGCUCGAAGGUUUUUGUGUGUGAUGUGAUCUGCGGAAGGUUAGCCGCCACCUAGCGUGACCCAGAUCAUCGGCCAACCAUUGAACGGAUGUCUGUUGGCCAAUCUUUAGCGCUUCCUUCAUAAUUUUCAGCACCAACUCUGACACGGGCGAUAAAAACGAAUAACGAAUAAUCGAAGUAUUAUUAAAGAUAUUUGUGGACGGAAGUAGGUCUUAAACCUUGCCACGGCCGAACCCUAUCAUCGUUGUUUUUUGUCAAUUUUGUUCAUAUGCCUAAUACCUAACCGUAGGGUUUUAAUUUACAAUAGUUUCUACUGCGCCGUUCCACUGGGUUUAUACUAUACUUAUAAUGAAAAUAAAGUGAAACACGAAAAGCCAUUAAACUCAACGAUAAUAAGCAAAGAGUGUAAGCUAUGCAAUAUAUAUAGUAUGUUAAAGUAUUCCUCUAUCGUGAACAGGUCCGUUGGAGUAAAAAGUUCAAUACCAUUGUGCAGAUAUACACCUAUACAACAAUAAUGAAGUUAUUUAACUUAUUUGUUAGCCUGAGGCGAAUAAUAAA